ACGYGCAAGAUGCCGCCGGCGCCCCGUCGGCCUCGGACAGGCGCUGGCCUCCGAGAACGUUCGCGGUUAGCACGGCGUCGCAGACCCUCCCGGGCAAGCGGAAGGAUAAGGCCUUGAAGGGCGGGAGGGGUUUGCCAUCUUGGGUCCCGGGUCCCUCUCGGCAGAAGGCCGCGGCGGGCGUGGCCUGCUCGGUUCUGUGCAGCUGCCUCCAGCCCCUCUGCCCCUUCCCGGCGUCGCGGCCGGCGCAGGGACUUCCGGGUGUGGAGGCGACGGGCAGGGUUGUUGGGAGCCACUCUGGAAACCUGCCCUUAAGUCCUGAGCAAGAGAAACUGAACAAUUAUUGCCGCCCACAGUAACUUGGGCCCUGCCUCAGCUCAGGUCCUUGCUCAACAGAAUAAAGAAGAAUGGAGGAGAAGAAUGAAGGGAGAAGGAAGAACUCCUAGAGUGUUACCAUUUCUAAGGAACCUUAAACUGGAUGCCAAGGUUUCUGAACAUAAUGACUCCAGGGCUGUAGUAGAAGAGAUAUAAAACUUAGAAUCCUGUUAUCCAUCAUUUCCUGGGUAUAGAGGAAAAUGAUUGAGCCUCAGGAAUUGGUGACAUUGGAGGAUGUGGUUGUGAAUUUCACCUUGGAGGAGUGGCAGCUCCUGGAUCCUUCUCAGAAGAAUCUGUACCAGGAUGUGAUGUUGGAAAAUUAUAAUAAUCUGGUCUCAGUAGGGUUUCAAAAUAUCAAACCACAUGCACUCUCCAAUUUGGAGCAAGGAGAAGAACUGUGGAUGAUAGAAGAUGAAGUCCCGAAUGGACCCUGUUCAGAAAUCGGGAAAGUUGAUGGCCACCUGCAGGAGUACUCUCAAAACCAAAGAUUCCUGAAGAGUAUGCAUCAAUGCAGUGAUCAGAAUGCAUUUAAAAAUAUCACUCAUUUCAGCAAAACACAUUUUAUUCUACUGCAAAAUCAUGAUACAACUUUGAAAUUAAGAUUAGGUUUAGUUAACCAGAAGAGAAGRCAUGAAAUAAAUAACCCUGUUGGUUUUAAUGAAGGUGAGAAAAUCUACCUACACAAUAAAGAUGAACAUACAUUUACUGAAAUGAAACUCGCUGAAAGUACAAAAUGCACAGGUAUUAAAUGUCAAGCGUUCAAACAUCAGAAGACUCAAAAAAUUGAGAAACCCCUUGCAUACACUGAAGGUGAGAAAACCUUCACCAGAAAGUCUCCGCUCCCGUAUCAUGGGAGCAUCCAUACAGGAGAGAAACCUGGGAGUGGUCAAGGUGAGAAAUCGUCCAGAAGUGUCCUAACCACUAAGCAUCAGAGGACUCAUGUAGGAGACCUUCCCUGUGUACUCAGCGAGUCCAGGAAGGGUCCUGCUGUGAAGAGCAGCCUCACUGUCAGUGAGCAGUCCCAGACAGGAGAGAAAUCCUAUCUGUGCAGCGAGUGUGGAAAGGGCUUUACAAUGAAGCGCUAUCUAAUUGCUCAUCAGCGAACUCACAGUGGAGAGAAACCUUUUGUAUGCAGUGAAUGUGGAAAAGGYUUCACUGUGAAGAGCAAUCUCAUCGUCCACCAGCGAACUCACACAGGGGAGAAACCCUAUAUAUGCAGUGAAUGUGGAAAAGGCUUYAUCAUGAGGCGCUAUCUAGUUGUGCAUCAGCGAACUCACACUGGAGAGAAACCCUAUGUUUGUAAUGAAUGUGGAAAAGGCUUUACUGUGAAGAGCAAUCUCAUUGUGCAUCAGAGAUCUCAUACAGGGGAAAAAUCCUACAUAUGCAGUGAGUGUGGAAAAGGCUUCACUGUGAAACGCACUCUCAUCAUACAUCAGCGGACUCACACAGGAGAAAAGUCCUAUAUAUGCAGUGAGUGUGGAAAAGCCUUCACCACCAAGCGCACUCUUGUUAUACACCAGCGAACUCAUACAGGAGAGAAACCCUAUGAAUGCAAUGAAUGUGGUAAAGCCUUCAGCCAGAAGAUAUGCCUCAUACAACAUGAGAGAUGUCACACAGGAAAGACUCCCUUUGUAUGUACUGAGUGUGGGAAGUCCUAUUCACACAAAUAUGGCCUCAUUACCCAUCAGCGAAUUCACACAGGAGAGAAGCCCUAUCAGUGCAGUGAAUGUGGGAAAGCCUUCACUACAAAGUCGGUGCUCAAUGUACACCGAAGAACUCAUACUGGAGAGAGGCCCUACGGAUGCAGUGAUUGUGAGAAAGCCUUCUCCCACUUGUCGAACCUUGUUAAACACAAGAAAAUGCACACCAGAGAAUCGGAUCGAUUCAUUCAAGUUGAAAAUUCUUUUAAUAGAGAGUCACAGCACAUCACUUAGGAGUGAACUCAUGCAUCCCUGAAACACUGUGCAGGGUGGAAAUGUCUUCUGUGGCAACUCAGACUUCACUAAACAUCUGUGUCUCUGGCCGAUUGGAAUGUAAUCACGGCACAGCCAACUGGGUGCCCUCAGAAGGAUCCUCCCAGGAGAUAUGCCUGGUUGCAGUAAAUAUGAUAGUGCCUUUGGUGAUCCUUUACCUCUCAUUUUCUAUCARUGAAAACAGAUAAACUCAGAUAUACUCAGUAUGGAGAUCCCCUGUACAAAAUCUCUAGCUCAUAAUCUGGAAAGGCUAUAACUAGAUAAAUUCUGUGAAUGUAGAGACUAAGAAAGUCAUCUUUGGAAAGACUUUAUUUUCAGGGCUCUUCAUGAAUUAUUGGCUUAUUAUUUGGCAGAAAUAACAGUGACCAUAGCAAAGCCUUUACCCAGAAAUAAGACCUCAAUUAGUGUCAAGUGUUUACACUGGAGAAUAUCUUUAUGGUAAUAAAUACAACAAGAUUUAGUAACACAUCCUGCUUUAUGAUUUGUCAGGAAAUCAAAUAGAAAACAAAAAUUCUCUGAACAUGUUAAAUAUAGACCACCUUUGGCAAAAUAUUGGAGAGCCUGAAAACAGUGAAGUCCAACAUUUAAGUGCUUUUGAGUCUAACCUCCGUGUGUCAGACAAUACGCCCGGUGUGCAUUUCCAGGCAGGCUACCUCAUACCCCACGUCUAGUUGCUUUGCCAAUGAGUCCAUAUUUUUUUUUCCAUUGAUGCUGGAUAUCAAACCCAGGGCCUUCAAGCAUGCUAGGGGAAAGUACUGUACCACUGAGCUAUACUCUCAGCCCCAGUUCCAUAAUUUAGAAAAACUGCUUUCUAUGGCACUGAUUAUUAUUGUAAGAAAUAUCUUUGGUCUUUGUCCCUGAUUCCUUGCAGAGAGCUAAAAACCUUGCCUUGGAGUUUCAUAAAUGACAGGGAUGUCUUGUUAUUCAUGAGGUCCUUCUAAGCACACCUUAGUACAUGCUAAUAAGGUGAUAGAGGAAGGAACUGGUCACCAUAAAGAUCAAGUGAUUAUAGGGUAGAAUCCUGGGCAGAAGGGUCUGAAGAUUGAACUCCUGCAUAAUGAAACUGUAGAUUGUCCAAAUUGGUGAAAACACCUGUGUGCUGAAAGGUUCUCACACUCCAGCUCCGUGGGUACAGAGGCUUCUGAGCUCUGGGCCCUUCCACUCUUUGUAUCUUUUUGUCUGACUGUUCAUUUGUAUCCUUUAUAAUAAACCGUUAAACUUAAGUUAAAUUUCUCAGAUUUUUGUAAACAUUCUAGUAAAUUAUUGCAUAUGAGGAGUAUCAUGGGGCCUCUCAGUUUAAUGCCAGUAGGUUAGAUGUCCAGUUAGCCUGAGACUUGUGACCGGCAUCUGAAGUGAAGGUGGUCCUGCAGCACUGAGCCCUUGCACUUGUGGAGUUUGCACUAACUUAGAAUAGUGUCAGAACUGAUUAUAGGAUGCCCACUUGGUGUGGGAGAGUUGUUGAGGUUGUGAAGUUGGGACCCUAGCAACUUGCUGGUGGGAACAUGAAAUGAUGUGGCAACUGGAAAAUAAUCUGGCAGUUUCUCCAAGGUUAAGCACAGAAUUGUCACAUGGCCCAGAAUUCUACUCCUAGAUAUAUACACAAGAGAAAUGAGAACUCAACAAUGCUUGCURCUCCUUAAAUUUGAGGCCACAUACUGAGGCCUUAUCUCAAGAAAAAAAGGGGGCUUGGUGGUCAGUGAUAGAGCACCCUGGGUUGUCCCAAAGUACAAAAAACCAAAAACAGUUUAAAUGUUCAUUAGCUGAGGAAUGGAUUAGUAUAUUCAAGUAACCAAGCAUUGGGUGGCAAUAAAAAAGGAAUUAUGAACUGAUAUGUCCUAAAAUAAAUGAGCUAUGGGAAGCCAUUCUCCCACGUGAUUGGGCACCUCCCGGAUUGGGUGUGAGGCGCUCUGGCCAAACUGUGUUGGAGCUUUCCCCACCCUCUCCAGGUGUGAGAGCCUGUCCGUGUGGGGGUGUGACUGACCACUGA